CUUCUCUAUGGUCGUGCUGGCACCGCGGGGCCGACGGGAGGCUGGCGGACUAUGUACAUUUUUCCCUCAUUACCUCACGAGCAGGGAGGAGGCUGCUGGGAUAGCGGAGGACCUUCCCUCGGCCUCGCUCCAGUCCUCCAGCUCCCCUCGCUGCCCGGCGGCUCCGGGAAGCCCGGCUCCCGGCCCGGCCGCGGCGGGCCCUGCCCCCCUCCCCCCGCCCGCCGGGCCCGCUUCUCUGGGGAGCCUCGCCCAGGCCCAUGGCUCCAUGAGGCGGGAGAAGGAGGCGGCGGCGGCGGUGGGGCAGCAGCGGCGGCGGCUGGGCUGAGGCGGAGGAGAAGCCGCGUCCGGCCCGGGACGGGUGCAGGAGGGUUCUGCAGUGCUCCAGGCAGCAAGUUUUGAAGCAGGAUGGGAAAAAGACGCUGUGUUCCUCCACUUGAGCCCAAGCUGGCAGCUGGCUGUUGUGGGGUAAAGAAGCCCAAAUUGUCUGGGAGUGGAACGCACAGUCAUGGGAAUCAGGCCACAACUGUACCAGGCUCCAGUUCAGGUCCUCUUCAGAACCACCAGCAUACAGAUGGGAAUAAUGGAAGGGAGAACGUAUCUGACUUGACUUUGGGCCCAGGAAAUUCCCCAAUUACUCGAAUGAAUCCCACUUCAGGAGCUCUGAGCCCACUUACUCGGCCCAAUGGAACUGCCAACAGCACCAAGAACCUGGUGGUGACAGCGGAGAUGUGCUGCUACUGCUUUGAUGUACUCUACUGUCAUCUCUAUGGUUUCCCUCAGCCACGACUUCCUCGAUUUACCAAUGACCCCUAUCCACUCUUUGUGACGUGGAAGACGGGGCGAGACAAGCGGCUUCGUGGCUGCAUCGGGACCUUUUCAGCCAUGAAUCUUCACUCAGGACUCAGGGAAUACACAUUAACCAGUGCACUUAAGGACAGCCGAUUUCCCCCCCUGACCCGCGAGGAGCUGCCCAAACUCUUCUGCUCUGUCUCCCUCCUCACUAACUUUGAGGAUGCCAGUGACUACCUGGACUGGGAGGUUGGGAUCCAUGGGAUCAGAAUAGAGUUCAUCAAUGAGAAAGGUGUCAAACGCACAGCCACGUAUUUACCUGAGGUUGCUAAGGAACAAGACUGGGAUCAGAUCCAGACCAUAGACUCCUUACUCAGGAAAGGUGGCUUUAAGGCUCCGAUUACCAAUGAUUUUAGGAAAACGAUUAAACUCACCAGGUACCGCAGUGAGAAGGUGACAAUCAGUUAUGCAGAAUACAUGGCUUCCCGUCAGCAUUGUUUCCAGAAUGGCACUCUUCAUGCCCCCCCCCUCUACAAUCAUUACUCCUGACACACGGCUGCAUGACCAGUCCCACUCCCCAGUUGCUGCCAAUGGCUACGACAUCAUUGGGGCAGAUGCCUCCUCUUCCUGGUCCAGUUACUUCUAUUACUGCACCAUUUUAUGAUGCUAGCUUCCGUUGCCAAGUCUGCCUUCCAGCUGACCUGGGGGGAGGAUGAGAGCAUGACAGAACUUCAGGGGCCCAAGCCUUAUCUCAGCCUUCCCUCCGAAUGGGGGUUCAGUUGGAUUGGGGCUCCAUGCCUACGAACUGUCGUGAGGUGCAGAAGACUUCUAGGAGUGAAAGUGCCACUUUGGACUGAUCCGUUCUUGUGUGUUACCAACACUCCGGAAACUUGAGCUGUUCAUUAUGGAAGCCCCCCAGAUCAAGUAGGAGCAUUCCCCUGGCAGCCUGGGCAACGGAGUCCAACAAAACAUUUUUUAGGUUCUUUUUAAUUUUUUUUAACCUCUGGUAUCUGUUGUGUACCAAGAGCUGAUUGCAGUCCCCACACAUCACAGGCGGACAUUAUGAUAUUGGGGAGGGUUGAAGAUCUGGAUGGCGCCCCAUCCUCACGGGACAGAAAACACUUGAAGAUGUGAAAAACCUUUUGAUGGUAUUGCAGAUGAAUCCAUUAUUUAAAUAAACCCUAGAAGGCUUUAA